AUUAUUCUCGUUUCGCAACGUGGCAGUGUAUUGCAGAUCAAGGUUCCUCUGUAUCUAAUAAAAUUCGUCUUUUGUUUCGCUAGUGUUAUGUGCCUAAAAAGGUCAAUGAACAGCCUCGGUAUUUCUACAACCACUUCUUUUAUAACAUGUCAUGUCGUAUUUAAAGCUAAUUUAUUAUGUAUUUAAUACCCUUGGCAUAAGGUUCAAAUUAAAUGUGAAUCAUUGCCAAUGAGGACUUUACGUUUUUCUAUUCAAACCACGAUGUGCAAAGUUAAGUUCGUCGUAGGUUACGAGGUUGUAUUAAUGCAAUUUGAACUUAGACUCAGAGUAUUACGUAUCGAAAUGUUUUGGCAUGAACGGGUUGUAUCGACAUUGUAUUAAAUUUAUCGGUUGGCAGUGACGGCCAAAAUGUUAGUUUGUUUAUCGUUAGCGUUCGUUCUUGACAGCGAAAAAGUGAAAACGGCUGCGGUGGCUGAGCGUUGCGAUUGUGAAACUAGGCUUCGCGCGAGGCCUCCGCGAUGGUGCGCGCGCGCACUCGCGCGGCCACUUAUGUAAUAGGAAACAGCAUGGAUUCCUUUUGACGAUCUCGAGUACCAUAAAGUCAACAAGUAUGCCAUCUAAGUACUUCAACAAUAACAAAUACCGAUCGAACGCAAUUUUCACUUUAGAAAUUUACAAACCAGUAUUUUUAGGUUAAGAUCACGAAAUCAAUUUCGCAUCGUUAAUGAUUCGCAAAAUGUUAUGCCAUUGACAUUCAACUCAAGCAAUUUGUAUGAAAUAUUUCAAUAUCAUACAGGUUCAAAUAUAUUCGAUUGAUUUUAAGAAUCGUAUGCUAAUUGAAGAACUUUCGUUCAAUACAGAUACCAUCGUUAUGAACGCACGCAUAUUUUUUUGGUAAUGUAUUCGCCGUCAUGCUGCGGCCUGCAAACCAAAAUUCACAACAAUAGCGAUGAUUUGUGUCAUUGACAUAACUAUUGUUCAUUGUUAAAAUUGACGUAGUUUUUUCUUUUGUACGGGCAGUUAAACUUUCUUGGGACAAAAGUUUAAUGCGACAGUCAUUUGUUUUAUAAUCAUUAUUAUAGCUUUCGUUUAAAUGUAAGAUACUAGAGAAGUCUUAUUUGUAGUAACUACGUUUUGUUUAAUAAAUUACCUUCCUGAAACUAACUUAUUAAUAUAGAUAUUACAAUAAAGGGAACUUGAAAUUUGUCUCGAAAUAUAAAACAAGACAGUAGCAUUAACACUCACAGAAUUCAAUAAUAUGAACAACUCUGAGUAAUAAAAUACUGAUCAACAUAAGUGCCCACACAAAUUUAACAAAAUCAUGUUUUUAGGACAGUCACGGUCAAUCGUCUAUUUAGCGAAAUAUAAAACGCGGAAACACUGCAGUACAUUAAUUUAGGUUCGCUUUGUAACGAUGUUUACCAAUGAGUGAGGUCGUUCACACCUUUAUCGCGCGAUUCGGCAAAAAUUCGAGUGUCACAGACAGUCCGUACUUUAAGAGAUCAUAACAAUACGUCACUUUGCAUGUAAUCGGUCAGCUAGCACAGUCUACAUCAGAUACAGCUAUUGAUUGCCUGCUAUCUUCUGGAAUGUGCAUAGCAACAAACAAUCAAAAUUAGUGAUUAUAAAUUUUAAGUACAUUUAGAAGUAUAUGAUCUGAAAAACAGACUGUUUUAAAUAGUGCCAGUGAUUUCAACAGUAACAUAACUUCCGUACUGAUUGUUUGAUACAGGUGUUCUAAAAUUCAACAUGCGAUCGCCAUAGUUUUAACUUACCUAUGUGUUGUUUCGUGAACUGUCGUCAUAACUAUAAAAAAGCACUUAUCAACAGCCGGUUGCCUUAUCAAACAAUGACUUUCGUGGUUUUGCUUAUUUCAAUAUAUUUUGACGAAUUACGCAAGAUUGUUGGUCGCCGCUUAAGGAAUAAUGACACUCAGCCGCGGCCCGUGUGACCUCGACAACAUGAGUCUGUUCCAAGACCUCAAACUUAAGAGGCGGAAAGUUGACUCCCGAUGUAGCAGCGAUGGCGAGUCGGCCGCCGAUACCAGCACGUCGUCGCCGGACCCCGGCCCGCCGUCGCCGCGCAUGGCCGAGGCGGGCUGCAGCACGCCGCCGCACCCGCCGCCCGUAUUCGACGGCGGUGGCUCCCCGACACCCUCGCCUGCUUGCCAUCCCACCGUUAUCCGCUCUGCGCCACCAUACUCCGUCAUCAAGUUUGAGGGUGCACAGGCCCCCGUCAAGGCGGAGUGUUCGCCAGCAAGCAACAAACCUGAUGCGACCCCACCUUCCCCGCUUUCCUCUGUAAAGCUUGAAGGAUCCCAAGAUUCCCAACAAUACAGGCAGCGUAUCCUCGCUCCCCCGCCGCCGGGCUCUCAUACUUCGCUAUCGCCGGGACCCUGGCCUCCCGCUGCCUGCAUAAAUGGUGUCAAACCAGAACUGAUCGGAGGACACUUCCCACCACAACAACUCGAACCCAAACCAGGCGUACGAGGAUCUGCACAAUGGCGCGGAACACCCGCUGUUAUUAUGGGCGAGUCUGGUGGAGUUCGAACGAUGUUCUGGACGCUGCCGGCACCCACGCCUAGCGGGGAACCGGCUGCGAGUGCAUCUCAUACCCCGACGCCACCCACACCUGACCCAGCUACCUGUAGCGAAGAGUCGGCUGCGAGACUACUACUUAACCUAGGUGGUGAGUUAAGGCGGCCACGUGGGCCUCCCUUGAACAUGGAAUUACUAUGGGCGGGUGACGUGUCGCAACUGCCGGCGCACCAGCAGAUCACCGCGCUGAACCUGAGCGCGGCGGCUGGUAAUGUGGCGGGCGCGUCACAGGUGGCGGGAGCGAGCGCGCUGGCACUACCCAGACCAGAACUUAGAGCUUAUGCACCUGAGGCUGAGCGAGAUGAAGAUGAACAACCAAUGAUCUGCAUGAUUUGUGAAGAUAAAGCCACAGGACUGCAUUAUGGCAUUAUCACAUGUGAGGGGUGUAAAGGUUUCUUUAAACGGACUGUACAGAACCGACGAGUUUAUACGUGCGUCGCUGAUGGUGGCUGUGAAAUAACAAAAGCGCAAAGAAAUAGAUGCCAAUAUUGCCGAUUCAAAAAAUGUAUUGAACAAGGAAUGGUUUUACAAGCCGUACGGGAAGACCGGAUGCCGGGCGGAAGAAAUAGCGGUGCGGUUUACAACCUGUACAAAGUAAAAUACAAAAAACACAAGAAAGCAAAUAAGGCAGCGACGACAACAAGCCGAGCGUCACCUCCUGAGAAGCCUAAAGACCCUUUACCGCCUAUCCCAUCACACCUCGUUAACGGCACCAUUCUUAAGACUGCACUCACAAAUCCUAGCGAGGUUGUCCAUUUAAGAGCACGGUUAGAAAGCGCCGUGUCAUCAUCGCGAGAUCGUUCUAUACCGCUCGAAAGGGCGUUACACAUGAUCCGAGCGCUGAUUGACUGCGAUGCCAUGGAGGACAUCGCGACGGUGCGACAUCUACCCGACCUGCUCCACGACACCUCAGAAAUUGGGGACAAGCUGUGUAAGAUCGGAGACUCGAUCGUACACAAAAUGGUGGCUUGGACGAAAAAACUACCAUUUAUCAUGGAAAUACCUAUGGAAAUACAUUCCAAGCUGUUGAUGGAGAAAUGGCACGAGAUCUCAGUACUGACGACGGCGGCGUACCAAGCGAUGCACGGGAAGCAUGCGCACGCGCCGCCCUCGUCGGACCAUGAACAAGACUUUAUGCAAGAGGUAAACGCCAACCUUCGGACGCUGCAGAACUGCCUGACCUCGCUGAUGGGGCGCCCCAUUACGCUGGAGCAGCUGCGGCUCGACGUGGGGCUGGUGGUGGAGAAGAUGACUCAAAUCACUUGCGUCUUCCGCCGCAUCCAGCUCCGCAUGGAGGAGUACGUCUGCCUUAAAGUCUACAUACUCCUUAAUCAGGAAAUUGAGUUGGAAGGUAUUCAGGAUCGCUACGUGCAGGUGUUGCGCAGUUAUCUGGAGCACGCUGCACCGCACCAUCCUGGGAGGCUGCAAGAACUCUUCGCUAGGAUACCUGAGAUCCAAGCGGCGGCGAACUUGUUGCUCGAGAGCAAAAUGUUCUAUGUACCUUUCGUGCUGAACUCGGCGGAGAUCAGAUAGUAUAUGGCGCAGCAGGGCGUCUAGUUCUCGAUGUACGAGCGGCUGACUCCCCGCCCGCGCCCGCUACCCCGCCGCACCCCCGUCUUAUGAUCGCACGCGCCACCAUGUGUUCACCGCCGCCGCGCCGCGCCCGCGCCCUGUGCAGCGCGCCCCGCGCCCUGGGCAGCGCGCCCCGCGCCCUGUGCAGCGCCGCGCCAGCACAAGAGUUCGUACAAAUGUUCCUACUCGAGCACCGACAAUAAGUGCGCCCCGCCAAGUGCGACGUUCAGUGACAGUUGAAGUCAACACAUUAGUGCGGUACAUUUAUACCUUUGUUGAGUCGAUGAGUGUAUUGGUUUAUUGUUUAGUAGAGGAAUUAAAACGUCCCAAUUGACAGACUGAUUUAUUAUUAAAAUAAUUAUUACGUAAGGUACCAGGGACUUGAAUGCGUGUUUUAUACGUGGUAGUGUAUACUACAUAGUGUUAAAUAGAAUAAAAUAUAUUAUAUUAUGUUACUAUUUAAAUUUGUCAGUCGGAGAAUCGCAUAAUAUAUUAUUUCUGUAAAUAUAGUUAAUACUUUACAAUAUAGAUAAGACGUUGUUUUAGACAGAAUUGUUUCUUGUAAAUGAAAUAUUGCUGUUUUAGUUUGCAUUUUAUAUUGUCUAGGAUAAACCAGUAGGUUAAUUACUGGGUGUGUAAUAUUGAGAAUUUCAAUUUAAUUUUAUAUGACUUGUUCGUACAUAAUGUAAGUAGCACUAAGUACCUACUCUCAGUGUUUACCAAGACUGCUUGUAUACUACUGUACUGUUUACACACUAAUAUAAAGCGGCGCGAUGGCACGCGCGGUUCUUAUAGUCACAACUUUUGCAUUUUUAUUGCCAAUAUUUCGCAUAACUCUAUACUUGUGCAUGUUUCGUUCUGAAUGUUUCUCUUCUUUAUUCUGGUCUAACUAGCUGUAAGGGUGGCGCGCGCGCCGCUGACGUCACGCGUGCGGCGCGUGCGCUGCGCACUCGAUGCAUUUCUAAGCUGACGACGUUAUCUUUAUGUGCGUAGGUGCUUCGGACAUUUAUUGAUCUUAUACUUUGCUUCCUUUGAUGUGUUCAAAUGUAAUUGUGCUCAAUGUACCGCGGUUUAGUUCGGAUAUUCAAAUUUAUAGUCAUCGUUUGUGUCAUGUCAUGUCGUAAACCAUUCAACAAUAUUUUUACGCAUCGUUCCUCUAUUAAAUGUAGAUACAUUAAAAUUGUGUACAUAUUGCGUUAAUCUCGAUUGCAUAACAUAUUACAUUGAUUUAAAUCAUACAAAUAGGGAUAAAUGCACGAAUCAUUAAUUUAGUAAGAGAACUGAGAACACUGCAAUCUAUGAAUUUAUUUCAUCACUCGUCAUCACUGCUUAGCCCUUUAGCAUUCCUUUACAUUUGUUAAGCCGUAAAUCUAAUUCCGUCAUCUCGUACCACGCAACUAACUGUCUUAAGAUUCAUGUACAUAAUAAUUUAAAGACCAAAUCAAUAACACCACUAACCAUACAUUUAUAACUAAAUAGGUGUAACUAAUAAUAGCUAAAUAUAUUUCUUGAUCACGAAAUACAUCAUGCAUCUUUAGCCUUCAGAAAUACUUGUAACGAUCAAUUAAUAUUAUCAGACUUUAUAAACACACCGACAGUAAUCAUUUAACCAGAUUCGUCCUGUUCCAUUCUAUUUUUAAAUUUAAAUUAAAUAAAAAUGUUUUUAAAUUUUCUGAAGUUGAUUUAUUAAGGACACACCCAAAAAGUUUCGUAGCAACUAAAAAUGCGCGGUGUAUAGAAUAUACAAAGACUUUCAACCUGACAAUUAUAAUCACUGCCCUUCAUUCUCUAACAAGUUAUUCGCCGUAACACUUUGUAUUAAUUAAUGUUAAAAUUUGUAAUAAACGUUCCAUCAACGGUGAACAGUUACCACUAGCUAUAGGGGGCGAUGUAUGCCUUGAUUAAAAUAAGUAAUUACAACCAAAAAGUUCGUUCUAAGGACUUAGGUUCUAGUUAAUUAGAUUUUUUUAUGACUUAGCUUUCUCACGGUCGACAUCGGCGUAUACAGAGCAAAUAUUAGCCACAUACCUAUUUCGCCUAUAAGUAGAGUAUCCGCCACCUGACUUCAGUGCCGAAGUAAAAUAAACAAAUUAAUGGUCACUGGUAACAUCGCGUACCGGUUGGCUGACAUUAGUGCAGGUCGACCGAGGUACUUGGUACUUUGGUACCUGCGAGAGUUACAAACAGUCGACAUAACAUGCAAGUGUAAUAUUAGAUAAUCCUGUUACCUGAAUGAGCGAUACACGUCCGUUCCUCAUCGUGUUACCAUUAGUUAAGUGUUAGCAAUUAUUAUAUAUGUUUUGUAAAUUAUAAUUAGUUUGAAUACAACCAGUUACGAUACUGCCAUCAAAUGCCUAAUUAGUUUUCAAUUAUUUUUUUGUUAUAAUUUUCGUAAGUUUAAUUAAGUUAAUGAAGUUGGUGAAAUUAUUAGUUAAUUGUGAUAGUAAACAGUGAUAAUUGUAUCGGAGUAGGUUCACGUUCGAUGCGCACGCGCAGCGCUGACGCGGCUCCAACACUAACACUCGGUCUCACUGCGUGAACACCUUACGACGAUUGGGUAACUAUAUUUAUUUAUUCAUUUUAUCUAACUUAAUUAUAGAUAAUUAGUUCAUAAAAACACCAUCAGAACGACGGUGUUAAAUCUAAAGUCUGAGGUAAAGAUGCCUUUAUAGAUUUUUAAACAUGUAAUUGACGGAAAUCGUAAAUAUAACUAUAAUCGCGAAUCGUGCAUCGUUCUACUAAUGUGUAUGUAAAUGAUAAUGUAUGUAAGUAAUAUUGACACUUAUUUUGUUAGUAUCAUAGCGUAUUGUUAAGGCGAACUGACGGCAGUGUAUCAAAAGGGAAUUAGAUUUGUAAGAGUGUUAUUGGCGUUGUACAAAGGAUAGUAUUGUUAGUAAUUAAACAAUGAAAUUGGCGCAUUACUGGCGAGUACCUAAUUAGAAUAGUACACGAAGCCCGCAGAGGCUAUACAUUCACGUAAUGUAAAUACAAAUUAUGCUUGACGUGUAAGGCGGCCGCUCGCUUUCGUUGCACUUCUAAAUUAUUUGCUAUUGUGAAAUAGGCCUUUUUCGCCUCUUCGUCUAAUUUAAUCUAUGGAACUCGUAGUAUGUAAACUUUUGAAUAUCAAAAUUGACUGACCGAUUCAUAGGUGACGUUUAAAUGGUUUGCUUCUGCUUGCUAUCUAUUUUUUAAUGAGUUUGCAUAAAAUAAGUGCCGCCGGUGUCGGGCCCCGCCCGCGCCGGACGGACACGACCGGCUCCGCACCGACUCGCGACGAUACCACCUCGUGUUUAUAGACAUACUACACAUACGGUUCUGUGUCACCUGUACUGACCCAAAGCCGCAUGUCAACGUAUUACAAUUGUAUAAGUAAGCGUCAAUUACCUGUAAACUAUACUAACGGUAAUCAUAAUGUACUUGUAAGAUAGCAUACCUAAACCAAUGUAACGAUCCCACGCAGCCAGUGCCGGAGCCGGCUCGUAGAUAAUACUGCAAAAAUAUUUUGACUGAUAUAGUUAUGUAAUAAACAUAAUAAUGUUAAUAUAUUUAUAAGGGUGUAACAAAAACUUAAUGCAUUUCACAAUUUCUUUACAGUCCAUAAGAGAAUAAUUAACUACAUGUAAGAUGUUACAUGCGGCAUAUCGAUGUUACGUGUAACAUUAUUGUGACGAAAUAUUUUCACAUUCGUAGUGUAAGGUUUGUUGUGUAUAAAAAUAGUGUUUCAAGUAUUUCGGGUAAAAGAAGGGUUGAACAUUUGUGUACAUUAGACAUUGUAUUAAAUAAAAAAAUAGUUAUGAAAUCGAGUGUAACGCCGUAAGAGAAUAUAUAUUUGGAAACGUUGACGAGUGUUUGUUGUAUGUAAUUACAUGUCACAGAUGGAUAUUUGAACUCUAAGUACAUAUAGAUAUAUAUUCUACGAGUUAAACUUCAUGUUUUAAUCAAAUAAUUACAGUAAUCAAUAUUUUGUUACAGUUACACGAACAAACACGUUUCGCUUGUCUUUCUUAUUUCGAUGUUUCCACACAUUUUGUGUCCACUUUUCAAAUAAAUAGAAUCACGGAUUGUAUUAGUUGUCGAGCGCGUCGGGGAGAGCGCCCCUCAGAUGGGCCCUGCUCCGGAUGGCGGCUCCACUAUUUAUAUAAGAGUUCAAUGCGAUUGAGUGUGCUGUAUUUCACGUAUUUAGUUGGGCUCGCUCAAUACCAAGACUUAUGCUUUCAGACGUAGCCUAUACUUUAAGUAUUAUCGAUACAUUAGGAUUCUAUGUUUAUACGUAGCAAAUCACAUUAGUUGCUGGUUGCUGUACCGUUGUCGAUGGAAUAAGGCUGUUGUUAUUUCGACCAAGUUAAGAUGUACAGAGUUAGCAGUACACACUCGGAGGCGUCUUGUGUCUCGUUGAGUCGUGCGCCGGCAUAGUCAAUCGAAUGUGGUCUGGUUUGCCAAGAGAAGUUACCUACAGUUGUGUUUAGUUAGCGAUGCAUAACGUGUUUGUACUAUAAUUUGUUUUUUAGUUGUACUCUUGGAAAUCAAUGGUUAAUAAUUUAAGAAAAUAAAUUGUAUGUGAAAUAUA